UCAAAUUGUCAUUCUAUGUUCUGCUGACUCGACCAACUCGAUUCCGAAUCAUACCACACCAUUUGAGCCUAGAUAUCAGAUCUAGCCCAUCUGCACCAGCACCGAGCCCAAAUUGCAGCUCACCUCUCCACAACAAAUCCAUCGCCACGCUGGUCACACUCGUAGCCCUGAGAGCGAUCGCGCACAGGUCUGCGCUGCGAUCCACUGCUCUCCCGUUCGCCGAAACGCGUGCUUGCUCUACGCUCCUCACUCGCCCAGCCUUGCCCGCCUGCGCGAUCAAACCGAGCAGAUCUGAGCUCAGCAUGUCCGCCUCGACAUCUGGUCCUGCUCCGAGCAUCGCAGCCUCUCCCAAAUUCCCAGGGGUGCCGUUGCUGUCUCAGUUGCCGGAACUGCCAAGCUUGGAAGGUGCAGACCCUCUGCGUAACCCCAUCGAUGCUUUCAGAUUGGCCAUCGCUCAUCAACUCGCCGGCAUACUCAACCUCGACCUGCAAAAAGUCUAUGAUGGGGUGCAGGUCCACACAAAAGGAGCGGACUUUAUCGCGACGCUUCCUAGAUUUCGACUGCCUGGUAAACCCAUGGAAUGGGCAGAAAAGGUGGAAAAGGAGUUCAAACCGGACGCAUACAUCGAGACCGCAAAAGCUCAAAAGGGCGGCUUCGUCUGGUUCACAGCCGUGACCAACACCCUGUCCCAGUUGACGUUGUCUACCAUCAAUGCGCUGUCUCGAGGUGAAUACGCGGGCAGCAAAGAAGGCGGGUCUUAUGGAACCAAUGUUAGCGGAGUCGGCAAAGACUUGAUCGUAGAGUUUUCAUCGCCCAACAUUGCCAAGCCUUUCCACGCUGGACACCUCCGAUCCACCAUCAUUGGCGCUUUCUUGGCCAACUUGUACGAGGCUAAUGGCUGGUAUGUGGAGCGAUGGAACUAUCUUGGUGAUUGGGGCAAGCAAUUCGGCCUUCUGGCUGUUGCCUGGGGCAUGUACGGCGAUGAGGCUGCUUUGAAGGAAGAUGCAGUCAAACAUCUGUACGACAUCUACGUUCGGAUUAACAGAGAAGCGGAAGAACAUCCCGAAUACCACGACCAAGCUAGAGCCUUCUUCAAGAAGAUGGAAGACGAUGAUCCCGCUGCGUUGGCGCUUUGGCAAAAGUUCCGCGACCUGAGUAUUGCAAAAUACAAGGAUACCUACGCCCGGCUCAAUGUCCACUUUGACGUGUACUCUGGCGAGAGUCAAGUCACCAAGCAAAGUAUCUCUGAGGCUUUGACACACAUCAAGACUAGCGACUACAUCGAAAAAGCGGACAACGGAGCCUAUCUGAUUGACUUGAACCAGUACAAGCUGGACAAGACAGUCAUUGAGCGUCAAGAUGGCACACCCCUCUACAUUACGAGAGAUAUCGGAGAAGCCAAACAGCGCUGGGAUACCUGGAACCAAAAGCGCGGAAAGGGCUUCGACAAGAUGAUCUACGUCAUCGCUACUCAACAAAACCUGCACUUGGCGCAGUUCUUCAAGGUUCUGGAGCUGAUGGGUUACGACUGGGCUCAGCCUGAGCAACAGCGUUUGCUUCACAUCAACUUUGGCCUGGUCAAGGGCAUGUCCACGCGGAAAGGUACUGCCGUGUUCCUCGAUCACAUCCUGGAUGAAGCGGGUGAGAACAUGCACAAUGUGAUGAAGAGCAAUGAGGACAAGUACAAACUUGUCGCGGAGCCCGAAAAGACUGCAGAUGUUUUGGGAAUGACGGCUGUCAAAAUUCAAGACAUGACGGGCAAGCGUAUCAACGACUACAACUUUGAUUGGAACAGAAUGCUAAGCUUUGAGGGUGAUACGGGGCCUUACUUGCAGUACAAUCACACGCGACUUUGCUCAGUGGAGCGCAAAGUGCAGGAGACGGAUGGAUUGGUCUUAUCGGAUCCUUUGGACCCCAGCACUCUUCGAUUGGAUUUGCUGUCAGAGCCAAAGGCUAGAGAUCUGGUUAUGCUUCUCGCGCAAUGGCCCGAGGUGGUCCGUAGAGCCCUCGACGACCUUCAACCCAGCACGAUUGUGCAGUACUGCUUCAAGCUCUGCCAUUCCAUCUCUAGCGCUUGGGAAGUGCUCCUUGUCAAGGGGCAAGAGAGGGACUUGGCCCUCGCUAGACUGUUUGCUUACCGAUGUGCGCGUGAUGUACUCAGCGCUGCUAUGCGUUUGCUUACCUUGCAACCUCUGCAGCGCAUGUAAACAGACUCGUGACAAUUCUUGUAAAGCAGUCGCACGAUUCAACAAUGUGUUGUGUGU